UUAACCGACGAUCUCCAGAUUGUUAAUUUUUGUUUUUUUUACGGAUUUUCCGGCACUUCCUGCCCUCCUGGACUCUUGUGCUCUGCUGAAGAAGCACAGACGGGAAAAGAAAGGAUGUUCCUGCUAAUUUUGAUAACGUGCAUUAGUUUCAUCCUAGCAUUUGCGCACAUCCUGACCAAACCUGUGGUGAAUUGCAUAAAUACAGACACGAGGGAAGAGGUUCAGCUGAAAGCCACAAUUGCUGGACAUCGCCGGGAGCUACGGGGGAUUUCCAUGAAGGAUGACUACACAACGUACGUGAAGAUUGAACGAAAGAUCGUGGCAGCCGAGAAAAGACUCAGCGAUUUGGCAAUCCUCAACAGCACAUCCAAGCUGGUCAUCAGAUACGGGAUCCCAUAUGGUACGCAGGCUGUUUUGUCGCUCGUCCUCAUUGGAAUCUCCAUCUACUUCCGCAGCACUCCUGUGUUAGUUUUCGACGAGAAAUUCGAUUUAGUGCCAUUUGGGGCUAUUAUGAGAAUCCCAACGGGUGUUCCGGGAGCAAUUUCUGUACCCUUCUGGAUCUUUGUGAGUAGCUUUAUGGGCAGGACUCUCGCAGGAUAUGCAAAGACUACUUAAUUAAACUACUUUAGUAAAUUAAAUUUUAUGCUGGAAGUUUA